AUGAUCGACGAGGUCAACAAGGAAGACUUGAACAGAUAUCUCGCCGACACAAGAGAUUGUCUGGCCAAGAAGCCUUCUAUGAACAUUGACAGAGCGAUGAAGCCUGAACCUGGCGAAACAAGGCCAAAGUCUUUCCCUCGGGGAAAAAAACGUGUGCGCAAGCACUCACUAGUUCCUCCAAUUGCACUCAGCACCGGCCAACACAAAAAGCCUCGCAUGUCGUCCGCAUUGGGUGAAAAGUACACCACAACUCCCGUUGUAAAAGCCAACCUCUCCGAGAGUCUGGCUGGUCUCAAUCAUAAAGCCAGCGUAUUGCACAAGCCUUUGUCCAUCCCUCCUUCGUUGCCCACUUUAACUACAAGCAACGGGCCUGGUAACUUCAAGCCAAGACCUCUUCCCAAACCGAUCAACAAAUUUCCUGCUGUUAAACGUGAUGACAGUCCGCCCGCAAACAUACUUCCGAUGGAGAAGUCUCCAGCUACAAACGACGACAGCCCUACGCAAAAAGCCCAUGACCACCAUGCGCGUUCUUCUUUCCAAUCCAGGGUCGACAACUUCUCACCGGAAAAACAUACUCUUGCCACAUUGCUCAACGAGAUAGAUCCCACUUUCGUUGUUUUUUUGCCCUUGUUUCACUCAGCCGGCAUUUACAGACUGUGCGACUUUUACGACUUUGGCACUUCCGAUACUAUGCACGCAGCGCUCGAAGGCCUCCGAACUCUCGAUCUCACUCGUCGACUAUCACAACUCCGAGUUCUGGAAACACCUCCGUUGUCCUCUGCAGAAUACUCAACCACGUCCGAUGGCUUGCAAUCGAGCCCAUCGACAUCUCGGAGCUCAAUUUUCGCUUGGUCAAUGCAACACAUCCUGUAUCAAAUUCGACUCGAAGAGCCGUGCUCGCGGGAAUGGCCAUAG